AUGUUGCUGCAGCCCCUGAGACAGACCCCUCCCGACGCGGUCUUCUUCAGGAUCGAUGCGCCAACCAGUGGACAUGUGGUGCUAGACAGGACACUGGACUAUGAGAAGAAAACCCGCUUACAGCUGGUCCUUUAUGCCGUGGAGGUGAACACCACGGAGAGGUUCAACACCACAGCCAACAUUAUCAUCAAUGUUGAGGACGCUGACGACCAGUAUCCUCAUUUUGUGCCCUGCACACCGACAACGGCAUCACCGCUAAUCUGCACCAACCCAACGUACAGCACCAACAUCACAGACCAAGACCAGGUCCCAGACCGGGCUCAGUCCACACCAACACCGCAAGCACUCACAGACCGAGACCAGGUCCCAGACCAGAAGCGGGUUCUAGAGUUCUCUCCUGGUCCUAUCAGAGCCAAGGACGGAGACAGAGGCCUCGACACACCUCUGACCUACAGCAUUAUCUCAGGUGCUGAUGGUGGCCGCUUUGUGAUUGACUACCAAACAGGAGAAAUCACGUUAACUCGGCGUGUGGACAGGAGACACCUGAUGUCCUCGUUCAGACUGAGUGUUAUGGUGUCUCAGAUCGAUGAUCCCAUGAAGUACAGCGUGGCCAUGGUACUGGUGCGAGUGCUCAGUGAGAACCGCUUCCCACCCAUCUUCAACAGGACCACGUACAAGGGCUUCAUCAUCCAGAGUUCCAGCCCUGCCACCAUUGUGUCCACCUACGGAAACGAAGUGCUGCUGAUCCAGGCCACAGAUCAGGAUUUCACAGACGUAAGACUACGUUCACAUCUGCCUCCACCUAUCUGAGCUACUGGAUAACAAAAACGCUCAUGUGAUCACAUGCAGGGCAUCAAUCCACAAAUACGUUACUUCCUCCACCCUCCAUCGGCGAGCAAUCAGCUUUACCACAUCAGCCAGGAGGGCGUCCUCAUCGCCAAGACUGACCUCCUACAGCCCUUUGACCGGCA